GUUGCACUUAAAGCAGCUGAUAUUGGUAUAGCUAUGGGACAAACAGGUACUGAUGUAUCUAAAGAAGCAGCUGAUAUGAUUCUUGUUAAAGAUGAUUUUUAUACAAUUAUGGCUGCAAUAGAAGAAGGUAAAGCAAUAUUUCAUAAUAUACGAAAUUUUGUUCGAUUUCAAUUGAGCACGAGCAUUGCUGCAUUAAGUUUAAUAACACUUUCAACUGUUUUUCAUUUUCCUAAUCCAUUAAAUGCUAUGCAAAUUCUUUGGAUUAAUAUUAUUAUGGAUGGACCACCAGCUCAAAGUCUUGGUGUUGAACCUGUUGAUCAUGAUGUAUUAAAAAGACCACCAAGAAAAGUUACAGAUUCAAUGAUUGAUAAACGUUUAAUUGCUCAUAUAGUUACAAGUGCUACUGUGAUUGUUGUUGGAACUUUAUGUGUAUUUUAUGCUGAAAUGAGUGAUGGAAAAGUAACACCAAGAGAUACAACCAUGACAUUUACAUGUUUUGUCUUUUUUGAUAUGUUCAAUGCACUUAGUUGUCGAUCUCAAACUAAAUUUCUUUUUGAAAUUGGCCUUUUUUCAAAUCGAUUUUUUAUUGUUGCUGUUGUUCUUUCUAUUAUUGGCCAGUUAGCUGUUAUUUAUUUGCCACCAUUACAAUAUGUAUUUCAAACAGAAGCGCUUAGUGCUUCAGGUAGAUAA